ACCUAAUUGCCUGCCCCCAAUAAACCCUAGAUGUGGAGCUGUCUACAUUUCCCCUUCCAAUAAUUUUUCAUUAUAUUUCAGUUUCAUUCACUUUGCUCGCUAUUUUUCCCUUAACGGAGCGUGAAAGAGAGAUUCGGAGAACGAAAGAUGGCGCGAAGGGGACGAGAAAGCUCAAUAAUACCGGAAUCGGUAAUGGAUUCUGUGAAGGGAACUUCAGCCAAGAUAGAAGAAGUGCGGACCCAAUUGUCUGAAUUUUUGUCUCUACUAGACCCUCAAGUUCUCGCCGAAAUGCCGCCACUACAACGGGCUCAGUCUCUGUUCUUGCUCGCGAAAGCAAGUUCUACUCUCUUCACUUUGAGGUUGAGAUGUACGGGAGUUCUUCCAGAUGACCACCCUGUAAAAUCUGAGCUAGAGAGAAUAAGCUUGUAUCAAGACAAACUUGAACGAUUCAUAAACUGGAGUAAAGCACCAUUAAGGCCAUCUACUACCUUAAACUAUCAGGCGGCAACCCGUUUCAUUGAGCAUUCCUUGCCUGACCUUACUUCAGAGCAGAGGCAAAGUAUGAGGGAUAUCAGUAAAGGAGAGCGAUUGAGGAAUAAGAAUCCAGAGAGUGGUGGUCAAAAGAGGAGAAAAUACCAAUCGUCUGACAGACAAAGUGUUGUAAGUGCUGCUCAAGAAUUUCUUGAAAAGGCCGCCCGUGAGCUUCUUGGUGAUAAGAAAGGUGGCUUCAAGGGACCUCUGCAGAUCGACACGUCGGAUGAUGACUUGCCAGUGGACUGAUCUCCAUAUCUUGCAUCCUAGUAGAUGCUUAAUUCAUGCUUCAAUUCCCUUACCCUUUUAUGUUUUUUUCUCCAGCUCUUCAGUGUAAUUUUUUGUACUAUUUCAUCCUUUAUCAAUAGUUCAUCACGACUGGCUCUGGUAAAAAUAUA